UUUUCGUAUUAAGACAUAAAAAUUAAUAGUCAAAUUUCUAAAAUAUCAAUAAUAUUUUAACUUAUUUUUCAAAAUAUCAAUGAUAAAUUUCUAUAUAAUAUAGUUACUAAAUCCUACAACACAACAGAAUCUUGGUUCAUGUGUGUUCAUAUUAGUGGACUUGGGAAUCCUUGUCACUUCAUGAUCAAGCUAUCUUUAAAUUUGAAUAUUCUAUGAAAUCAUAGUUUUUCUGCUACUGCAGAAUCGCAUUUCUAUAUGCAGAACUCCAAUUCUGCAUUUCAAUCCCGAAAUGACUCCAUUAAUGAUAACCAAUGGCUACAUUCCAACAAUUAUCAUAUUUUUGCAAGAAUAAAUAACUAUCAGCCAAUAUCAACCCAACCCUUUAAACUAUGAGAACAUUGUAAUUUAAUUUUCAAAAGAAAAUUUCCUAAAAAUUAAUCUACAUUAAGAAAACGAAAAAGGAAAACUUUUAGAAAAUCAAAGGUGACAGAGUCAAUUACCAUAAACAUAAGCAGUGUACGAGGAGAAGAUUGAUGCAGAAAUUAAGCAAAAGUCUAUUAACAUGGCAAAAUUUCAACCAAGAUCUUGCAAAAAUUCCAGCUUAUGAGAAAAUAAUUAAUUUCUCAUCACCACAGAAAGAGCAAAUUCAACGUCUAAGAUGUAAACCCACCACAUCCAACGGCUGAGUCUUAAAGAGGACAUAUACGUAACCUAGUAGGCACCGUAUCAUAUCAUAGCUUUAGAGAAAGAAAACCGCUUCUAUUCGAUUCAAUCUUCUCUCAGUUUCUCACGUUGUCCACUAACUGCCUAAACUGCACUAUACAGUCAAAUCUGUCCUCCAUUUUUCAGUUUUUUCAGCCUCUCCGACCUUAAACAAUUCUGUCCUUUCAUUUCCUUACCAAGAUGACCAACAAAAACACUGAUGCUUCCCUGAAUUUCAAUUUCCCAUCAUCUUCUUCAGUCCCUGCUGCGAUUCCAUAUCACCAUCAUCAGAAAAUGCGAAAGAAACAUACCAAGUUGAUCAAGAUUGAACCCAGGUUAGUUCCUUCUACGAGUAGCGUUGCUGUUGUCUCCAAGCCAAAAUAUCAGGGUAAAAAACAUGACCCUUCUGCUCCAAAGAUCACCAUGCCUUGUAGCGAGUGCGGUAAAAAGUUUUGGUCCUGGAAGGCACUCUAUGGCCACAUGAGGUGCCAUCCUGAGCGUCUAUGGCGUGGGAUUAAUCCACCACCUCAUUAUCGCAGAACCGUUUCGCCAAUUCGAGAGAUGGGUAAUGUAGAGGAAGCUGCAUUGAAUUCGGAGGAUAAUGAGGCGGCUGCGUGUUUGUUGAUGUUGGCUAACAGUGACGGUGCAACGACAUUGGCCGAGACUGAAUGUGGAGGUGGCAUUGGCGGUAGGGAUGGUGCUAGUCGGAGUAGUUUUCACGGUCAAGAGGAUUUGAAUUGUCGUUUUGAGUGCUCGAGUUGCAAGAAGGUGUUCGGAUCGCACCAGGCAUUAGGAGGUCAUAGGGCAAGUCACAAGAACGUGAAGGGUUGUUUUGCAUUGAAUUGUGAGAUGGUUGAGGAUCAUAAUGGAAGCGGUGGUUGUGGCGGUGGUAGUGACGGUGGUCUGAAGGAGAAUGUGGAGGAUGAUAGUGUUGAUAAUAAGAUGUUGAUGGUGUUAGGGCACAAAUGCAGUAUCUGUUUGAGGGUGUUCUCGAGUGGGCAGGCACUGGGUGGUCACAAGAGGUGCCAUUGGGAGAAAGGGGAGGAAACGUUAUCUUCAUCAAUGAAUCAAGGAGGAGUACUUGCGACCAAGGAGGAAGCUUCUGGGUUGGACCUGAACUUGCCUGCUCCACUUGAAGAUGAAUCAUCAUCUUCUUAUUCAUUAGACCUCGCCGUCGAUUUGAGAUUGGGGCUUUGAAGAGAGAAAUCUUGGGUGUUUCAUAUGAAAACUGACUUGUAUUGGUAGUAUUAUAUAUGUUCAUUUUGAUGCUCCAAAAUUGGGAAGCAUAGAUGUGUGUUAUACAUAGGAAGCUUGGGAAAAAACUUGUGAUUAUUUUCUAA